UCCUCGCAUGAACGCUUCGCUGUAGUGACUGUAGUGACCGGUUGCAACUCGUCCAACAUGGCUGGCCAAGAAGAUCCUGUGCAGAGAGAGAUUCACCAAGACUGGGCGAAUCGAGAGUACAUAGAAGUAAUAACAAGCAGUAUUAAAAAAAUCGCCGACUUUCUUAAUUCAUUCGAUAUGUCGUGUCGGUCCCGUUUGGCUACUCUAAACGAGAAGCUGACAGCGCUGGAGAGGAGGAUUGAGUAUAUUGAAGCCAGAGUGACAAAAGGGGAGACCUUGACCUAGAUCUCAUUGUGGACAUUCACAACAUCUACAUCUAUCCUGUCCCCUCCUUCCUUCCCCAAUUCACAAUAAGUGAGAUGGAUUCCACCCUGCUUUUAUGGGGCCAUGUGGACCAUUUUUAUAUUAAAAGGCUGUAUUUACUGUUGUUUUAACCCAUGAUGCAUUUGUAUAGAUGAUACAGCUUUGUCUUCAGCAUCAGUGAUUAAGGCGUCAUAAAUGUUACAUAAUAAGCUGUAAUUAUUGAUUCCAAAACUGUUGUUGAACUCAAACAAUCUGGUAUCAGCACAAUUUGUUUGACUACCUGUGUAUACAGUAUCAUUAACACAUUAGAGAUUAAUGAAAGAGGAACAUUCUUGUGUGCCAUGUUAAACAAGUCAUUGUGUUGUCAUCUUUAUUAUGGAACCUGCUUGUACAGUGAACUGUUUGGUGGUGUUUAAUGAUUUACAUAUUGUAAUAAAUGAUAAACACAGA